AUGGCGAAAGGACUGUACUCGAGUGAUAUCCAGCCUAAAAGCGUCAAGUUCGCGAUUGGACUAGAUCGUGGCGGAACAUUUACAGAUGUUUGGGCAUCAGUUCCGGGUCAGAGUGAUGUGGUGUUGAAACUGCUGUCAGUGGACCCCGGCAAUUAUGACGACGCACCGGCAGAGGGCAUCCGACGUGUCUUGGAAAUGGUGUCUGGCACAGCUAUUCCUCGCCGGUUUCCUAUUCCCAAGGAUCUCAUCCGCUCCAUUCGAAUGGGCACUACCGUGGCCACGAACGCUUUACUGGAGCGUAAAGGAACUCGGCAUGCAUUCGUUGUGAAUCAGGGCUUCCGCGACCUCCUCGAUAUUGGUUAUCAGUCCAGGCCGAAGCUCUUCGACCUUGGGAUCCGCAAGCCAGAGCUUCUAUACGAUGAAGUUGUCGAAAUUUUUGAACGCCUGACUGUGGAAGCUUACGAUGAGGAUGCCUUUAAGAGCAGUCGCACUCAGCCCAAAGAGUCCCCUGGACUCUUCGUUAGGGGGAUGACCGGCGACUUGCUUCGUGUAGUCCGGCCCCUCGACGAGGACGAGGUCCGGCAGAAAAUGCUGAAGAUUAAGUCUAGGGGCAUCGAGACGCUGGCAAUCUGCCUUGCACACUCUUACAUGUACCCAGCCCACGAGGACAGAGUUGCAGAGAUUGCAAGUGAGCUCGGUUUUGGCCAUAUUUCCACAUCGUCGAGCGUCGGCGCAAACAUGAUCAAGAUGAUCUCUCGUGGCAGCUCAUCUUCGGCAGAUGCGUACCUGACUCCGGAAAUUGUGCGGUAUGUCGAAGGCUUUGCGAAGCAGUUUCAAGAUGGCAACCUCGAUGACAUCUCGUGCGAGUUCAUGCAGAGCGACGGUGGCCUAGUCAGUCACAAAGCCUUCAGUGGGCUGCGUGGUAUCUUGAGUGGUCCCGCUGGCGGUGUUGUCGGUUAUGCUAGAACGUCUUACGACGGGGAGUCCCCUAUCGUGGGCUUUGAUAUGGGUGGUACAUCAACAGAUGUCAGUCGGUACGGUGGUGCUCUAGAGCAUGUCUUUGAGUCCACUACGGCUGGCGUUUCUAUCCAAAGUCCCCAACUAGACAUCAAUACCGUUGCCGCUGGUGGUGGAAGCAUGCUCUUUUGGCGAGGUGGCCUGUUUAAGGUUGGGCCAGAAAGUGCAGGUGCUCAACCUGGUCCUGCUUCAUACAGGAAGGGCGGUCCUCUGACAGUGACUGAUGCAAAUCUAUUUCUCGGUCGACUCAUUCCGAGUUACUUCCCUGCGAUCUUCGGCCCGGACGAGAACCUACCUCUUGAUUCCGAUAUCGUAGCAACGAAAUUUGAAGAGCUCACCAAGAAGAUCAAUGCUGACACUGGCCGCUCCAUGACGCCACAUGAAGUUGCGAUAGGCUUCAUCGACGUUGCCAACGAGUCUAUGUGCCGGCCGAUCCGUGCUUUGACUGAAGCCCGCGGCUUUGUAACUGCCGACCACAACCUGGCUACUUUUGGUGGCGCUGGUGGUCAACAUGCCUGCGAAAUUGCUGAAAAGCUUGGAAUCGGACGCAUAGUCAUCCACAAGUAUUCGAGCAUCCUGUCAGCAUAUGGCAUGGCACUUGCCGAGGUGGUGCAAGAAGCUCAAGAGCCCAGUUCUGAGAUGCUAGCAGGGGAGUCUCUGCCGAGGUUGAACGCUAGGUUGUCUUUCCUCAAGGACAAAGCCACCGGUGGUCUUUUAGCACAGAAUAUCGAGCAAUCAGCAAUCGAAUACGAAUCGUAUCUUAAUAUGAGAUACAAUGGUACGGACACGAACUUCAUGAUUUUGGAACCAGAUGACGGAGACUGGUUGGCGGCUCUUGAGCGGGAGCACCUACGGGAGCUAUCCUUCACAUUUCCCAGAACAAGAAAGGUUCACGUUGACGACAUUCGCGUCCGAGGAGUUGGAAAAGCGGACGAUUCCAGCAGUGAUAAUGCAUGCUUGGUUGAAGAGCUUGUAUCGCUGUCUUUCAAGGGUGCCCCGGAGGUUGAAAAUGGCCUCACGGAUGCCUUCUUCACCACUGGAGGACUCCAGUCUACCAAGAUCAUCCAGCUCAGCAGUCUGCAACCUGGUGCUGUGAUUAUGGGUCCAGCAAUUGUCAUUGAUAACACCCAAACCAUCGUUGUCGUCCCCGGAGCCGAAGCAAAGAUCCUGACCUCGCACGUAGUGAUCGAUCUCGUCGAAAAUACUAGCAAGAGCGAUGCAGUACAGACCAAGGAGCUGAUUGUUGACCCAGUGAAAUUGAGUAUUUUCGGACAUCGAUUCAUGAGCAUCGCGGAGCAGAUGGGACGCACGCUGCAAAAAACAAGUAUCUCGCUCAACAUCAAGGAGCGAUUGGACUUUUCGUGUGCUAUCUUCAGUCCAGUAGGUGACCUGGUUGCAAAUGCUCCGCAUGUACCAGUGCAUUUGGGCAGCAUGAGCUAUGCGGUCAAGUAUCAGCAUGAGUUGCAUCGCGGUAAUCUCCGUCCUGGUGAUGUGCUGGUUUCAAAUCACCCCGAAGCUGGAGGAACCCAUCUCCCAGAUAUCACGGUGAUAACCCCAGUGUUCGACGAGGAUGGCAAGACGAUAUGUUUCUACACCGCAUCCAGGGGUCAUCAUUUGGACAUUGGUGGAUCAAAGGGGAACUCGAUGCCUCCCGACUCUACAGAACUUUGGCAAGAAGGUGCUGCAAUCAAGUCUUUCUUCCUGAUACGCGACGGCAAGUUCGACGAACAUGGCAUUGUCAAGAUCCUCCUUGACCCUGGACUCUUCCCGGGUUGCAGCGGCUCUCGACGUCUGCCAGACAACCUCUCGGACCUAAAGGCCCAAGUCGCAGCAAACACAAAGGGAAGUGUUCUCAUUAGAGCACUCAUGGACGAGUUUGGGAGGUCCGUGGUGCACUUUUAUAUGGCGAAGAUCCAAGAGAACGCCGAGGUCUCCGUCCGAAGAUUCCUUUCGUCCGCAUACAGACGCUUCGGCUCGAAGCCGCUGAAGGCUGUCGAUUACCUUGACAAUGGCUCACGGAUGCAAGUGUCCAUCACCAUUGAUGAAGCCGGCUUUGGUACCUUCGAUUUCACCGGCACGUCUUGCGAGAUGCUAUCCAAUAUGAACGCGCCGCCUGCGAUCACUUACUCGGCUCUGAUUUACACUCUUCGGUUGCUAAUCGGAUCCGACAUCCCGCUGAAUCAAGGUUGCCUUGCACCUACCAAGGUAAUUCUUCCAAAGAACACUUUCCUGAAUCCUGGACCACAGUCGGCCGUCUGUUGCGGGAACACCCUCACUUCGCAACGACUCGUCGAUCUACUUCUCAAGGCAUUCAGAGCAGCUGCCGGAUCGCAGGGGUGCAUGAAUUGUUUCGGGUUCUUUGGCAACUCUGUUGAUCCUGCAGCCUCCUCGGAGGAUUCUAAGGACGACAACUCCGAAGGCUUCGGCUUCGGCUAUGGUGAAACCAUUUGUGGGGGUGAGGGCGCGGGUCCAAAUUGGCACGGCGCCUCCGGCGUCCAGAUUCACAUGACCAACACCCGAACGACGGACAUUGAGAUUAUUGAGAAGCGUUACCCGGUUCUUAUCCGCGAGUUCUCUAUCCGAAAAGAUAGUGGGGGGGAUGGAAUGUUCCGGGGAGGCUGUGGAAUCGUGCGGGACUUCGAGUGUCGGGCUCCUCUGACGUACGGCAUUAUCUCUGAGCGCCGUGUGCACCAGCCGUACGGGAUGAUGGGCGGGGAGAAUGGAGAGUCUGGUGCUAACUACUGGGUGCAGAAGACAGACGAUGGCGAUGAGAGGUGGAUCAGUAUCGGGCCCAGAGGUCAGGUGGAUAUGAAGACAGGCGAUCGAUGUGUGAUCCACACUCCAGGAGGAGGAGGCUGGGGUAUUCCGGAUGAGCAAAGUCUCCAGGAUGAUGGAUUCAACGGCACCGAUAGUCCUUGGGCAGGUCAGACUGUGCAUCCUAGAGCCACAGGCAGUCUUCAUGCUUUUGCUACCGCACAGGAGGCUUCAUCUUGA